GAGAAGCCUUGGGAUGUCCAGGUCGGAGAGUGGCGAUAAAGAGCAUGGGAAGGCUUCACCCAGCUGAUAUCAGCAAUUAUAAAAUAAUAAAAGUAAGAUGCGCCAACAACGCACAAAACCCGACCUCCAGGUCCGCAUCCACACGACAACAAAGCCCUUCAAAUCCUCGUACCUCGCCAUCCCGCCCUCGCCCUUUUCCCCCCGAACGCCUUUAUACCAAACCACCCAGGGCACCUCUAGAACAGGGACUACUAGAUUCUUCCGCUCCUUUCCCUCAACAUCAUCCCCAGCCUCCACCACUUACCCAAACACCUCCAUCCCCUCAAACUUCAACAAUAUCCCCGUCGUCAUACCCUCGCCUUCCCCCUCCCCCCUCCGCUGGCUCUGGCAAUGCCACAACUGCCACCGCACGUACCCGCUAUCCGUAACCCGGCGCUGUCUUGAGGACGGACAUUUCUUCUGCGCGGGCACCACGACGCUCAAGUGUUGGCGGAAGAGCGUGAAUCCUAGGAGUGGCGGGCGGGGAAAUAAGGCAAGGGUGCUAAGGCAUAAGGCGUGUGGGAGUGAGUUUGAUUAUUUGGGGUGGAAGGAGUGGGGGAGGUGGAGGAGGGGUGUUCUUAGUGUGAGAAGCGAUGCGAGGGAGGCAAGUCAUGAUUCGGAUGCGGGAUUGAGUAAUGGCUCGUCGACGUCUGCGUCGUUGUAUUCACCCUCAUCCUCAUCUGCCUCGGAGGAAGACAGUGAUAGCGACACCGAUACCGAUGUCGACAGCGACUACACCACCAACUCCUCCACCAGAGGCCGUCCAUAUACCUCAUCCAGCAACACCACGGCCUCUCGCUCCCUUUCUGCACCCGCUCUCUCAAUUCCCAAAUCCAACCUCCCCCAGAGAAAAAACUGCUGGCUCAACUGUGAUUACCCGAGUGAAUGUCGCUGGGGGAGGCAAUAUGGCGUGCAUACGCCGCUGGAUGUGUCGUUCCCCGUGUUACCGCUUUCUCCGCCGUCGCCUGAGAAAUUGGAGAAGAAGGGUAGAGGGGAGGUGAGGGAGGGAGUGAUGAAGUUCGGAAACAUUUGCGGCUCUGUGAACAAGUUUGGUGUGUCUAAGAAAGGUUUGACCAGGAGCUAUGACGACGAGGACGGCAACGGGAACGGCACUCCCACCGUUGCUGGCACAGGCACCUCGAGGAUGCGCAGCGCAUCACGAGGCAGCGAUCUCUGGACCACUCUCGUGGCGAGCGCGACGAGGCGCAAAACUCUCGCUGCGCCGAGUCCGUUGAGUAGAGUUGAGGAAGAAGAAAAAGGGGUGAUGGAGAGAGAGGAAGUCGGUGCAGGUAGUUAUCGAGAGCAGAAUGAGAGAGGUGGCAAGAAGGAGGGGUCGAAACAGGAGGGUGGAGACGGAGACGUAGACGCCGCGCUCUUUUCCGCCUUUAUCGAGGAGGCGGCGUAUAUGGAAGAAACGGGAGGAGAAGAAGGAUUGGGUAGUAAGGAGAGUACGACAGUGCGGAAAGACAGAGAUGGAGACGUCUUCAUGACUUCCCCUUCUGCAUCUCCGCCUAUCCCGCAGCCAGACAUUAGAAGCAUGGAGCUUCCCAUAAGCCCGACACCCUCCCUCUCAUCUACCCUCUCGAGUCUGUCUUCCAGCGUCACGGCACCUGUGAGCACGUUAAGAGACAUCUUUAAAAAGACCGCUUCCUCCGCUUCCGCCCGGUCCUCACGGUCACGAUCCCGAUCUAGGUCCCGAACACUCAGAAGCAACAGUCUCAGUAAUACCGCUUGUUCAGACACCAAUGGCACCCCUCCAGCACGUCACCAACUCCAUACCCAACACAAGCGCGCAAAGGCAAGUGCGACGGACUUCACCACCCAGCCUCUCCUCGCUCGUACCGACAUGGAAUUGCAUAACGGCGUUGACGUCGACGGCGAAUCCCAACCAGAGCAACUAGCACAUCCUGAUAUCCUCCGACUCUACAGCGAGGAAUUCGCCCCGCUGGAGAGAGUGCAGAGUAGAGAUAGCGGGUACAUGAGCAGCAGCAGUAGCCUUUGAUCUUCCUUUAGCGUUAUUCGUUAGCCUUUAGGAAGUUGUGAGCAGGUCCAGUUUUCUUUUGCCUAGGGUUUUACUAAGUUGUUUAGCGGGGUCCUGUGUCCUUGUAUACUCAAGAGAACGCUUGAUUAACUAGCAAAUGUACAUUCUACUCAG